AUGCACUACCGCACCUCAGCGAAUGGCGGUAAGCCGACCUAUCUGUUCGGCGAGAACCUGAAGAAGAACGAGAUCUUCCUCAACAAAUCGGGCUGGGUGCAGGUCAGCGGGCAGCCGGCGCCAGGAUUGGCCACCGGACGCACCAGCUACCAGUUUGGUGGUAGCAGUGCGCCCGGCAAUGUCGUAGCCCCGCUGGACGGGUCCAAGGUGUCACGCAAAUACAUCGUGUACGAUGAAAACCGCUAUACGGGUCGACCCGGCACGGGCAGCAAACUGGAGGACCUGAUCAAUCGCAACGAAUCGCGUGGUAAGGGUGCUGGAGCACCACGGUCCGCCAGCCAGCAGCUCCUGCAGAAGGUGCAGCGUCAGGACAAUGUGACGAUCCUGAAGAUCGACCCGAGUGCGUCGGCUACCCUAAGCAACCGACCGGCGUGUCUGUCGAUAAAGCGAAACCUUAUCGACGGAAGUCCGCCACCGGUGACGCCGAUCCUAUCGCCCCCACCAGCCUUCCAGGACUCCCAACAACAGCAGCAGCAGCAGCAGCAGGCGCAGUCCAACAAGACCCGCCUAGGGGACAUCAAACCGGGUACGAGAAUAUUUCUCUCCGUGGUGGACAACGAAAAUCACAACCCCAAGGGGAUGGUGUUUUCGCGCAGCUUCGAGUACGAUCGACGUCUGAACCGGAGGCCACCGGACCAGAGCGACCGGACGGGAGUAGGAUAUGGUCCGGGUGCCCACGUCGGGAGUGUGGAUGCGUUUUCCAAAAGUUUCGACUACGACUUUAACCCUCCCGGGGCGGCCACUGGCUCCCAGCCACCGAAGCAACCGCAGGUAACGCAACAGCAGCAACAGCAGCCUCUGAAGAGUUCCCUCAUUCGACGUACCCGAUCGCCCACGUUCGCCACCCUGACCGGCAAUUCACCGAACUAUCUGACGAAGAAGGAAAAACCACCCACCCUUAGCUCACCGAUCUUCCCCAAGGCCAUACCGGGGAACAGUCUCACCGUCAACAGGGCGGUACUUGGGUACGCUUCUAGCGAGUCGCUCCGGAAGUUUGACAAGAACAAAUCACUCGACGGCGGUGGCGGCCUUCCCCUUGGGCAUCGCUCGCGACGAUCCCAGUUUUCGACCAAGGCCAACUCGGCACCGGGCCUACCGUACGGCUUCCGGUCGGACUCGGUUGGCAAUCAACGACUCAACUCCUGUGAUAGUGGUGCUCGAUCAGAUUAUUCCAACGAUGACGUAGACGACGACGAUGACGAUGACGAGGACGAAGAGAUCAGCGAAGAUCAGUCGUCCUCGUUGGCACUGAGCUACAAAUCGUCCACAUCCUACAUCAACCAGAUGAAAGGGUGGGCCACCGGCUUCGGCACGGGCAGUCCGAGCCAGAGCCAAGGCGCGAUGCUGUCGGCCACCGGUGCACCGGGCGCUCACACUCUUCUGAAGGUGCAACGAUCACUGACCCCCGAGCGACUGUACGACAACAACGACGACUACGGUAGUGCGCGCAAUCUGAAGAAACAGCGAUCUCUGACUCCGGAGAAACGCUCCCGGACACCGGACGAUCGCAGCAAGCGGAAAGGGGAUCCCAGCAACAGCUCCCAGUCUUCGCUGGUAUCCCGGCAGAGCUCGGGUUCUCGCAGCAGCACCCUCGAGCGGCAGCAGCUGCGCUACGACGAAGGCUUCAUGCGCACCAGCAGUCGCAGCUCGUCUAGCUCGAGCUACAGCCGGGAAGAGAACGUACCGGCCACCAGCCCUAGCAACAGCUACCGGAGAAACCAGCAGCAGCGUGGCGGAAACGUGCGAAUACAGCCGGCGGUGUCCCUCGGAGGCGACUACAAGAUACGCCGGUCUAGAUCGCUGCAGCUGUCGGAGCGAUCGCCUAGCCGUCAGCAGAUACCUGUGCAGCAGCCGGUUCCCCACAAGGUUGUGGUCCGGCUAGGAACGAUUCCACCGAAGCAACAACCGGCUUACACGACCAGCGCCGCCGCCGCCUCGGCCGGCCGCAAGCAGGGUCCCCUGCCGCAAAUGCUCAGCCAAGACAGUCUGAUGGCCGGUGGUGGGAUCGUCUACAGUCGGAUCUCGCCCAGCAGUACGCUGGAUCGGUUGCGGCGCGAAACGGCCUCCAAUACGCUGGAUGUGGUCGACAAGAGCAAGUCCUUCGAAAACAACAACAGCUACGGCUUGGGGUCGGGAAGCCUCGCCAGCGUCACGGGGCUGCCGUACGAGAGCUAUGGCGAGUUCGACAAGAGCAAAUCGUUCGACGACAAUCUCGGCCUCGGCCCGGCGGACCGGAUCACCGAGAAGCGGACGUACGUCACGAACGAAAAGCGUUCGUAUUCGCACGACCGUGUGUUCAGCUCGACGGGCACCUCGUCCAGCCAGUCGUCCACUUCGCGCCAACGCUCGCCACAAACGUCCUUGUUCGGGGGACUUAACCGUGGCAUGUACGAACCGGAACUACCGUACGAGAUGAACCGUGUCACGAUGGCACGGUCACCCAUCAUGAUGGGUUCGGGCGGCUACCGUGCGACCGCCGGGCACCACCGAGGAGGGCUGGUGGCACGCGAACGGUCACCAGUGCCGGCACCCGGCACCGUGCGGUACCAGCAGCAGCCAACCGAUCUGUACCUGAUGCGCCAGCAGACGCCCGACUCCGAGUACGACUCCGAGCGGCUAACGCCAGAGUACGGCACCGGGGAGCCCACCGUGGCCCCGAUCACGACCUUCAAGGAAGCCGAACUGGUCAAGAAGUUCCUUUACGCCACCAAGAACAAGGUGCAGAUGCAUCGCGAAUCGAUGGCGGGACGCAGCGCCGUAGCGCCACCGUCAUCGGCGGUCGCCGGGACACCAUCGUCCGGAAGUUGUACCGCUAGCUCCUGCGACUUUUGGCCACACUGUGGCGUGUCGUCCGCGGGUGCAACAACUGCAAGUGCGCAACUGCAGGUCACAGAGCCACAGGAACAGUCACAGAGGGACCAGCACGCGCAACAGUUGCCCAAGUCCGGCAGUGAAAACUGUUUGAGCCGGAAAGUGGUGAAGGCCCGUUCCGCGGGCCCGACCGGGAACUGUGUCGGUGAAACUCGCGCUAGCGGUCUCGGGGGUGGCAGUGUCAGUGGCGGUCCCGGGGGUAGUGGUGGUGGUGGUCUGGGGGGUGGCGGCUACAGCAGUAGCAACAGUAGCCACGCUAGUCACAUUAGCAAUAGCACGGGUUCGACCAUCCUGUGGUCCGGCGCAUCGAAGGGUUCCGGAAGCGGAAACGAUGGCCCCGGCACUGGCUCGUCACCGUCGCCCCGAGUGCGUACGAGCACCGCCGAUCAUCAUCAUCAGCGUGCCAUGCCCGUGCCGAUAAAGGCCAACAGCUACGGUGGUGUGAGUAGCUACGGCCAGCACCAGCAGCAGGAGCAACCGAAGCAACCACCGCAGCAGCGUGUCCUGCGCAAGCAGCAGAACUUCGAGUUCUACGACGACGACGGUGCCGGACCGCUGGCGUACCGGAUGUCCAGUGGUCCAGUGACUGCCAGAGCAACGGGCAGUCCCAACGGUGGCCUCACCGUCGAGCAGGGCCACUGCGGUCCCAGCAGCAGCAGCAUCAUUAGCACGAUCAUCAAGGCGAACUCGAUAACGUUUCUGGGCGAACACGAGAUGCCCAUCACGCGCGACCGCGCCUCGACGGUGACCACGGGAGGCAAAGGUAAGCCCCCGAGCAACCAGGUCCAGGUGGUCGCCGUCGGUGGCGGUUGUGGCGGUAGCACAGCAUCCGGUACACUGCUGACUGGUGGCUGGUCAGCCACCGGGCCGAACGCAUCAUCGACGACGACGGUGACGGUGACGAAUGCAAAAGUCAACCGUGGCAGUAGCAGCAGUGGCGGCAGCAACCGACAGCAGCAGAAACAUCCGGCGGAACCGCACAGUAAAGCGGGCAACGAGAGGCGCGAAGGCAGAGCGAGCCGGUCCGGUUCGGGGCGAUCGAAGGGAGGCACCGUGGCGCCGCACCCGGCGGGCCUAAUCAAGCGUAAGGUAGAGAUGAAACUUAAAAGCCGCUCGCUGCCCAAGUCGUUCAUGCGCUACAGCAACCUAACGACGGACGACGUGGAGCUAUCGGCCAUUUUCACAUCGAACACGCCCCUGCAGCUGAGAGCCGUCUCUAGUCCAUCACUGUCGGAGGCUCCAGUCGAGACGGCGGUGCCGCACGCCGCUGGCAACGACGAUGGCGGUCACCGGCAGCACGUGACCAGCUCGGCCGUCUCGAACCCCCAGGCGCCGCAGCACCAGCAACCGCAUGGAACACAACCGAAGACUGCCACUACCAAAGCGCCCAGUAACAGCACCACGUCGUCACAUCACCAUCCUCCGGCGCAAGUGUCCGAAAGUGUUUUGCAAAAGUUUCGUAAAACGUUCUCACACUUUAAAACAUCCAAAACGACGGCUUCGCCGGUGAACGGUGCAGGUGUAUCGUUGGAGCUACAGACCAACAGUGUGGCCAGUAUGAGUGUCGACGACAAGCUGCAGCAGUCGGCAGCCCAACAACAGCAGCAGACACAUCACCACCAUCGCUUUGGGCCACUGAUCUGGCGGUCGAGUAAGGAACGUCGCAAGACCAAGUCCCACCGGCGGGACAAAUGCAAUAGCGGCGAUUCCGGCAUUCAGGUGGAGCUGGACAACGAUGCGGACCAGCAGUUGUUGCUUCAGCAUCUGCAUCCUUUGGACCACAAUGGGGUUUCAUCACAUGGUGGUGGUCCGGUGCGGAGAGCUAACUCGGCCAAAGUGUCCACCAACAGCGGUACCAGCGGUAUCAGUUCGUCAGCCCUACGGCACAAACUAUCGCUCAAGGGCAAGGACAAGGAGAACAUCAGCGGCAAUGGUGGGCCACGGUUGAGCGGCAAGUCCCUGAGUCAACCGUCGGGUCUGGACUGCAUCGUCGGCACGGGCACCACGGAAGAGUGCUGCGAAACGGCCGGCGAUGGUGGCAGGCGGAGACGCCGACAUCACGGCCGCACCGCAACCACCAUUCCCACCGAGCUGGAUCUGAGCGACAGCGAAAGCAUAUCGUCGCACCCGGACGAGGACGAAGCGGUUGAUGCCCGCAGCGAAGAGGACCCCGUGGAGCCCGUGUUUGCCGAGGUGCUGUUCUCGUUUCGCCCCGGAGGCCCCCAGGAACUGGCGCUCGAGAAGGGUGCCCUGAUGGAGGUGCUGAAGCGAGAGCCGGGCCCGUGGUGGUGGGGCAGAAUGAAAUCCGACGCCGUUCUGGCCCACCCGAACGGUGAGGAUCACAACGGAGGGGUGCGACGCGCUACGAUAGGCGAGGCCGCGGGGGGCCGUGAGUCGGGAAAACUCGCCGACUGUGGCUGGUUCCCGAAGGACUACGUUAAGCUACUGCCUCGGUACGGCAAACCGAAGCAGAUCAUCAUCAUCAACAACAGUGACCCCGAAGACCCGAAGCAACCGUCGUGUGGUGGUGACGGUGAUGAUGGUGAAAGUAGUGCCUCCACGCUGAUCGAAGGGGGCAUGCUGAUGAGCUGUGAUAGCCGACUGCAAGGGCAAAUGUCCACCGUCACGACGCACCCGGAGGCUGCUGAUCCGGAGACGCCGGAGGGCGCGAUCCCUAGUCACAAUCUAACGAAGGAGAACAUCAUCAAGGAGCUGCUGGAGACGGAGAUCAACUACGUGAAGCUGCUCAACUCGUUGUGCUUAGGUUUCAUCAAACCCUUGCGCGAACGGGAGGACAUCUUUUCGGCGGAAAGCAUCAGUCUGAUGUUUUCUAACCUCGAAAAGAUCUGGCGAUUUCAGCAAACGUUUCUCGACGCUCUGCGGCUCGCCGUGCCAAGCAAUCGGAUCGGCGAAGUGUUCCUCGAAUAUCAAUCCGCGUUUAUGGUGUAUUCUACCUACUGUAACUCGUACCCACGGGCGCUGAUGGAACUCGAGAACUACGCUAGUAACAAGGAGGCCAAUCAGUUGCUGGAAAAUUGUCGGAUAGCGGAAAAUUUGCCAGAACUGCCACUGUCGGCACACCUGCUUGCACCGAUCCAGCGAAUAUGUCGCUACCCGUUGCACCUGAGCGAACUAGUCAAACACUCGCCCACCCGGAAGGAACUGCUGCCCACGCUGAACCUGCGCAAGUGCACCAAAUCCGAGCUGGAAACGAUGGACUGUAAGGAGGUGUUUGAAAUGGCCCUCUCGGCAAUGCGCCGCGUCACGGAGAUGGUCAACGAAGGGAAACGACACAGCGAGUAUCUGUCGCGCAUCCAGGCACGGUUCGAAAACUUCCAGGGCCCAUCGAUCAAUCUGCACAGCACGCGGCUGUUCCUGCAAACCGACGCCAUCCGGAUGUCGCCCAACAUCUGGAACAACACGUACACGCUGUUCCUGUUCGACCGGCAGCUCAUCUACUGCAAGAAGGAUCUGCUCAAGCGCACCAACUACAUCUACAAGGGGCGCAUCUUUCUCGACAACUGUCGCAUCCUGAACCUGCCGGACGGCAAAAUGUUUGGCGUGUCGCUCAAGAACGCCCUGCGUCUGUACUGUGACACGCGCAACAAGUGGUUCGACUUUUGCUUCCGCAGCAGCAGCAGCAAGCUGCGCUUCCUCAACACGCUCUCGACCGAGCGCCAGUUUUGUGGCGAAAGUUUGUUCGUCUCAGAACUGGACGGUGGUGGGUCGGGUUCGUGUUUCGAGGACGACAACCUGUCCGACCGGGAGUACUUUCCGUACGUGGACGACAGCCGGGACGGUCUGAUGACCGGUUCGGUGGGCGCUAGCGAUGGCACUGACCCGUGGGAACUGUCCGACGCGACGGUUGGUAGCGGUGGGUACCGUCCUUCGAUGGCCAGCAGCGUCUGUUCGGUGGGAUCCAGCCACCACGCAAUCACGCCAAACCACAGCAAAGAAUCUCACUCCAAACAGCCGAUGGGCCCACCACCGGGGGCCGCCGGUGGCAACACGUUGCCGAAGAAGUCUCGAAAGAUGCCCAAAGAAGCGGUCCUCCAGCAGCAGGCGGAGUUCGGGUCGAACUCGCUCGGCCGACGGAAGCUGGGCAACUGGUUCCGGAAGGCCAAGAGCACCAACAGCACACCCUCGCAAAGCCCUACCCACCAUCCGAUGGCAAUGUCACUGGCCGCCAUCAGCAGCACGGCCAACAAUCAGUCCGACAGCUCAUCCCAAAGCAGCCUGGUGACCGGGUUGGGUUACCAGCAACGCACGCUCUCGACACUUAGCAACAACAGCACGGCGGCCGCCGCCACGAAAGGUAAACCUCUGCUAGACCCAUCACCACCACCGACGGCGGCAGGAUCAGCCCCUCAGCCUCAGACGGCACCCUCGUCCUCCUGAGGGUGCGAGACUACCUUGCUCUAGGAGCGUUGGGGCUGCGAGCGACCGUUGUGAACGUUGCACCACAGUAGCCUUAGGCUGCCCAUCAUUCACGCCCAUCUUCUCUUCACCCGGGGAGUUAGCUUGGUUACGUCAUCGCCAUCUUUGGUACCAAACGAACGAAAUGUAAUCUCGAAACACACACACGCGUGCCGUCUUAGGGGGAUGUUGUCCUUUGGCUUGAAUCUAAUUUUUAUCCGUUUGCGCGAAUGCGAAAGGUAGUCCCAUUUUGUCGUUGCUAUCUCUCACUUUCGAUCCCCAUCUGUCUCUCUCUGUCUCUCUUUCUCACCUCUAGGCUCUUAGCUGCUAGCGCGUUCUAAGUUUCUUUAAGCUUUCUAUACUAUGGUUAGCCACGUUUGCAUUAAUUAAAUGGAUAAGUUAUUGGCCGCUACUGUCGACUAUUAUUACUUCCCGCGUGUGUUAGGUGUCAUUAGCAAUGUACAGUUUGUAAAGAAAGCUGCGGUCCUAAAGAGUAUCCCCCCCAUCUGUUAGGGCCCCCUAGGGAAAGGAUUGUCACAGAGAAGGUCACAGUGGAUGGCGGCACAACGGCGCACCGACACCUUUACCAGUUAUAUUGUGUACAGUUUACAGCUCAAGCGACUAAAACGAAAACAGAAGACUAAGCUUAUGUUUAACCAGUUGCUGUAAGAAUGAAUAGAAAAAGUGUAUUGACGUUACGGUUUGGGGAGUUAAAUUAUUUAAAAAUCGCGUUCCGCGGGAGCCGUGUGACCGAUUCUCCUUGGCCGUCUCCCCGCCCGUUCCGAUUGGUUAUGGCAGUCUUCAGAAGCCAGAAUGUGCGAAAUCAACCAAUAAAGCCUUACUAUGUUUCUUAUUAAACUUUUGUUUUGUUCGAGUUUCGUUUUUGUUCGCUUUCGUCUUUCUUUUUGCAGUUUCGCUAAUUCAAUAUUCGAUUUCGUUACCUACAUUUGGUUUUUUACAUGUUGCUGCUGUAU